AGAGGAAAAGGAGAGAGGGAGUGCGUGCAUAACUUUGGGAAACAUAGGAAGAGGCAGCAAAGGGAGCAAACUUUUCUCUCCUGGUUGCUUCAUUUUGGACUUUUUUUUUUUUUCUCUCUUUCUUUCCACAUUUCAUCAAAGACGCCAGUGUUGAACAAUUAGUUUGCUUAGAUUAAGAGUUAUUUCUCAGCUUUUGUCAUCAGAGGACAGUUUGUUGUUCUUUACAUUUUUAUCUGAUUAUCGCUUCAUUGACCACACAUUUGGAAUCCCUUACAAACUUAGCUGCAGAUCUCUCCAGCUCAUGGGAGUGUGAAGCUGGACUGACACACACACACACACACACACACACACACACACACACACACACACACACACACACACACACUUGAGGAUUCCCCGGCAGCGCAGUCAUGGACAUCUGCGUCACCGUUGCUUGAGGGAAUCUGUGCAGCUGUUACCUGUUGUUGGCCUCGGUGAAUGUUACAGUAGACGUUGACCUGCCGGUCCACAGAAGAGAGGGGAAAUGUCAUCCUACUACCCGCGCACCAAGGACCUGACUCGCACCAGGAAGUCAGUGACAGAGUCACCGCCGUCCUCUCCGUCCCCUACAGACAAAAACUACAGACAUGACAGAUUGUCAAGAUACGACUCCAGUGGGGAGAGUGCGACAGACAAACCAUUGGGCCGCGCCAGCUCUUACACUCGGAGGGAGACGAGGCUGGCUGCUCUGAGCAGACAGGACCAAGACUCCACUACCAAAGACUAUAAGAAGAUGUAUGCAGAAGCUUUGCAUGAGAAUGAGAAGCUCAAGUCCAGGUUGCACGACAGCAAACACGAACUGGUCAAGAUCCGCUCCCAGCUGGACAAAGUCACUCAGAGGCACGACAGAAUAUCAGAGAGAUCAACAGUACUUGAAUCUGAGAAAAGGGAAAAACAAGCUCUUGAGAAAAGAGUGUCAAACAUGGAGGAUGAGUUGAAGGUCUUAACAGAGCUCAAGUCAGACAACCAGAGGCUAAAGGAUGAGAAUGGGGCUCUCAUUCGAGUCAUCAGCAAACUGUCCAAAUGAAAAGAUGUCUGAAGCUCCUGUUCUGUGUCUGUGGACGCUCCGACCCUGAUGGCAGUUUAAUCAUCCACGGUGUCUCGAGCUGUCUCUCUGAGCUACGAACGAUGGCUGCUUUGCAGAAAUAAAUUCCUGUUGGGACUUGUAAAGGUCCAAAGAGAAGUGUUAAAGAGUUUCAGUCAAAUUUCACAUUCACCAAAUAGGGACCAGUUGUGCUGUUUGAAUAACCUGUUAACGCACAGUUCAAACAAAACCAUGGGUUUGCAUGAAGGUACUAUUUCUAAUAUUAUAACCACACGUUUGUUGCUACAUCGCCCACUGCAAAAAAGUAUUUUAGUGUUGUCUUAAUUGUGAAAGAGGAGAGAAGUCAAGGGCCCCAAAGGCCACUUUGGCAUGGAUAUAUGAUUGUUCAAUAUAUGAGCACAAAGGUAAUAUGAGGCCAAACCAAACAGGUGCUCCGGUUCCAGAAGCAAAAAACUACAUAUUAGUAUGAAUCCAGCAGGGCAUCUGAGUAGUAAGAUAUUCUAAUGGAUAUUUGCAUCAGACUAAAAAUGUGUUUUGUAUAACAUUUUUAUCUAAGAUGUUAUAUGAAGGAAAUUUUCAAAAUGUUUACGCUAUGACAAAGAUGUUAGGGCUUAAUAAGAUGCAUACUUUGGUGUGUUUUUUGCCUUGAUUGACAACUUUCUCAGGUCUGUCACCCAGCUGUACCUGCUCACCACACAACGCCUCUUAAAUUAGGAUUUCGUAACUUUAACUUCUGUAAACUGUUGACCCAAAACUUCCCUUUAGCAAAGCAUUUCCAACUGGGUUGAUAUGGUUUUCUUGACAUUUCAGUCAAAAAAUUAACUUUUAUGAUAAUGUCCCCAUGUAUUUGAUCCGGUCGACCGACCGUAUGUUAUGUCUUUCUUCACUGGUUUUAGUUUCCAUGAUAACGUAAUUUCACGUUUGCCAAAUUCUGUUCAUCGGUUCUUUGUGUGUUUUCAGUAGCCAUUCUAAUUUCUUUUUUUUUGUCCUUUUGCUUCAAAACAGCAGAAUGGUGUUUAAGUGUGUGUGAAAGAAAGUGUCCUUUCUUCUGUAAUAGAGAUAUAUUUAUUUAUUUAUGCGUUUCUUCGUUCUAAUCUUUGUUUACUGGAUUUGUGUAUGAGGAAUACACCAAUUUUCCUUGGUCGUCUCCUUGGCCAUCUUUCUGUUAGGUGAGGAAAAAACGCAAAUGCCCAAAUCUUCCACAAUAUUGUUUGAUUAAUAAUGAAUAAAUAUUGAGCACAAUACAAGGUUCUGAGGAAUAAACUUGUCCUUACAUGUGGUGUAGAAUUACAUAGAUUCUAACUUGUUGUGUUUUGAUAUUGUCACGAUAGAUUAAGUUAAAUUGAAUUAAUUAUUGCCCAAAGGCAGUUGCCAGCUUAUUACUGUAGGUAUACCUGGCUACAUCUAAUGCGAACCCAUACUACAGCCCUGCAAUGAAUUCCAUCUUUUUUGUUCUGGUCAUCUGGCCAUUGAGGCCAUAAUUAAAGGUGCUACUGCAUUGUGUUGCAAACAAAAAAUGUAAAAUGUUAACUAGUCAGUCUACUUAAUGAGAAGUACAAAUAAAACCAUGAAAGAGGCUGCUGCCUUGAGUGCAAUCACCUUCACUUUAUUCAUAAAGAGGUUACAUCAUUCCUGGUUCAAAACAGUGUGGUUUUUAUCAUAUUUAAUGUAUAAAACUGCCAGACUCAGAUUGUAUUAAGAUUCCUUUAGCUGUAGAGUUGCUAGCGGUGAUGAAUAGUGUGCCAGAGACAUAAAUGAUUUUGGUAUCUGUCUUCUCUUCACUUUAAUCAACGAGUUGACGUAGUCCCAUAUAAGUCCCCAGUGUUUGAUGUAUUCCUUUAAUAACAGUGUGAUGGUUUCGGGGUCCGACCAGGGCCACAUGCAGUAACACCAGUGUUAUCUUUGAUCACAUCCAGUAAUUUACUCAAAACUACAAAUGAGGCACAACAAUUUCCACACAUGCUGUCGAUAUAUUGAACUAUGCAGCAUCUUGUAUUGAAAAUGUUUGUAAUGUGUUGAUGAUUACAUAAUACACGCACAUCGGUUUACUCACUUUGCUUAAUAAACUGUAAAGGAACGGA